GAAACAAACAUGGAUUUUAACCCUAAACUAGAGAUGAUUUUAAGUUGAUGCUACUGCCAAUUAUUUUUAAUUCAAACGCUUAAAAAAUGCUUGCUGAUGAAGAUGAAACAUUAAAAAUCAGUGCUCGUGAUAGAGUCACUGUUUCAAACAUAACUUAUAAGACAGGUUUUCGUGAAGGUGCUGCCGUAGGAAAGGACUCAAUAUUUCAAGAAAGCUUUGAUAAUGGUUUUGCAGCAGGUUUCAAAGCUGGCUUUCAACUCGCAAAAUAUCAAGGACUGUCAAUGUUAUUGGAAAAUAGUCAAAUUGAACUUGCAGAAGAUUUCAAAUCUAUAAUCUCUAAAAGUUCGUUUAUAAGCAAGCCAUCAAGAGGUUGUUGCAAUAUAUGUGGAAAAGAUAAAUUCGAGGAACCUAUUACAAAAACAAUAAAGGAUCAAGAAAUAAAUAUAUGCAAUCAUUUAGAACAAUUAUCUAGUUUAUAUAGUUUAUUAGGCAAUAAAUUGGAUAUUAGCUUAGGGAAGAAUAUCACUGAUCACAUUUUUUAGUCUUUGGGCAGUAUAAUUACAUUCCUGGACUAUCAGAUCACUACUUCUGUAUCUAGCUGUUUGAAGUAAGAUAUUCAGUUAACCACAUUCUUGUUUUGAAUGCAAAUUUAUAACCCAGUAAUAUUAUUUAAGCCCAAAGCCUUUCGGCAUAUUGGACAUUCAGACAUCCUAUCUCCACACAUUUGGCAAGUUCCAUGGCCACACAAAAAUAUCAUGUUUUUGAGGCGAUCCAAGCAAACAGGAC